UUGGCCACAAUCCCUUCGUCCUUAUUCCCGACAUCCUCCAACUAACCCUCCUGUCCUCUCCCGGGUAGGACGGCAUGCGCGAUGCAAACGUAUAUAACCUCAAGCGGGCUAUGCCCCGCAUGAGCUGGGGCGUGCGCAACUUGUACAACCUCUGGCAACGCUCUUUCGGUGGAAAAACACGCGAAAUAGACUUUUCCAAUACCCAUAAAAGUCUGUUUCAGCAGCGAUGGAUUGCCAAAGCGCUCCUGCGCGCGUACCAUGGCGACUACAUCCCCGAGAAGGUCUUCAAGCGGUGGUAUCUCCCCGAGAUGCUGCCGGAUGUACGCUCGCAUGUCGCGAAGAGCGCAAAUCUCGCCGCGCUCAACAAGUGGGCGCAUCGCGACAUGGCCGCGGAGAAGGAGGUCAAGAGGAUUGAGCUUGAGCAGGCCAAGGGGCUCGCGCCUGUGGGUAGUCUGAUGUUCAGGGAGGUGGAGAGGCGGAUCGACGUACUCGUGUUCCGAUGCUGCUUUGCGCACAGUGUAUACGAGGCGCGGAGGCUCAUUAUACACGGAGAAGUUAUGCUGAACGGGCAGAAGCACACGCUUCCAAAUACGAGACUGGCUCCAGGCGACAUGAUCUCGGUGAAUCCGAAGGCAAUCCGCUUCCUCAAGGCUAGCGCAGCGCCAAAAAAAGAAAUCACCACAAAGGUAUCCGAGGAGGACGAAGAGCAAGAAAAGGAGACCGAGUCGUCUGCCGCCGAAAACUCCGCAGAAACUGACUCUGCUGAGAAGACAAAAGGAAAUAGCGAGGCCGCUACGUCUGGGACUGCCUCGGAUGUGAGGGACGCAAGCGAAUCCCGAGCCAAGGAAGAGCCGAAGUCGCCCAAGCCAAAGCGCAAAUCGGACCUCACGCCCUUUCACCUGCCACCCUACGCCUCUCCAUCCAUCUUUAUCCCUGCGUAUAUCGAGCCGUCAUUCGCGACCUGUUCCGCGAUAUAUGUGCGCCAUCCGACCGCACGCCCAGGGUACUCGGAAAUCCCAACACCGUACGACGCAGAUGGGGAGCUCGUGCGCGCGGCCUGGGAGUGGUACAGCCAUGUGCGGCCCCGCAUACGCAGCAAGCGUCAGCUCGCUCGGAUGCCGGAGAAUAGACAGAUCAGCGGCAGGGCAGUGUAUCGUGAGCGCAAGAAUGCCGAGGCUACGGCCUAGGUCGUAUACUCAUGCUUCAUUUUCUAUGGAAUGCUGUGGGAUUAAUGAAUACAUACGCGCAGAUCAGGGCUGCAGCGUCAUUCCUAUAAGUCAAAGUGUCAUACAUGCCGGUUUAGCGUCGAUCAUUGCAGCCUACAACGUAAUGAUGUUACGUGUUCCGGGGCGCAUCCUACAGCGACAUCUAGUAUUAAAUGAUCGACGAUACUCAAAUUGACCUAUGAUAUAUGAUUGAUUGUGAAGACAAGAAGCUUUGAAGGCUCGAUGAUGACCAGGAGCAAAUACAUGCCUCGU